AUGGACCACGGCCGCCUUCGAGAAGUCCUGCGACAAGCUGCUCACCCUGAUGAUUUUCCUCUCCUUGUCCAACGUGUGCCGGGCUCUGGCACUCUCCAAGGCGACGCAAUUGCUGAAGAUCUUUUUCUGGAAGCCUAUCACCCAGUGGUGGAUGCGUGGACCGCUGACCUUGGUUGGCAACAUUGUGAUUAUCAGGUUUUGGCUUUUUCACCUUUGGAUUUGGCAACCAUCGAUUUGGCUGUCACUACAUUUGCUGAUGAUUUAUGCAGAAAGAUUUUCGUUGAGUCGCCCGAGGAUGCAAAUCAGAAAGUACGACGUAGCAAUCAGGCACUGGGGCCCUGGCCGCAGCAGGCAUGGCACAGAACACCAGCAAACAAGAACAUGUGGCUUUCUUUGGCGGCAAACACAAGUACAGCCACAACCGCCAAAUUUUCCAUCAACAACUGCUACCAGGAAAAGCAGUCCCCUUUGCCAAAUAUCUGGGCGGCUUUCAGACCCACAAUUUUUCUCCUGUGCAUGAGCUUGAUUUCCGGGUAUCCCGCGCUUUUGUUGCAUGGAGCACACUUCGAGGUCUCUGCAUGGUAUUCGCGCGGACUUCCCUGGCGAGGUCUGCGUGGCUUUUUUUUGGGUAUGGUGUAUGAAGUUCUGUUCUCGGGUUUGGAAGUAUUGCUUUUGUCUACAGGGCAUUUACAACGGCUGGAUCGUGUGGUGCUGGGCUAUGGUUGCAAACUCAUGCGCGGAAAAGGCUGCAUACAAACACAAACUGACACUGGUGAUACCAAGUACAAGGAGCUACCAAAUUUGGAAGUAUUUAGCUACCUUGGAGUGGCACCUGCCUACACUGAGCUCCGGAUUCGGCGCCUCAAAUUUCUGCAAAUGUUGGCCAGAGAUCCUUUCAAACACGUUCAAAUUAUUACAGCAAUUUUUGGAACUUUUGAUUUUGAUGCAGAACCCACUCUGGAUCCCUUGCAAGGCGUGGACCCAAGUGCCAACAAAUAUGCCUUGCUUUUCUGGAAAGACUUGCAGGCAUUGGCUUGCCUUGAUUCUGCUCAUUGGCUUUUGGAGAUCGCUGAUGGCAACAUUAUUGCCUUUCUUACAGAUCUUGCUUCUGAUUUUAUUCACGUGGAUGUUACUGAGCUCCGUGCCGCGGACCUUUCUGUGCACAUCCCUCCCCCUGGACAGGCCUGUGCUCAUCCUGUGGAAGACGAUAUCGAGCCGCUGCCAGAUGAACCUUUGCAACACUGUAAUAUUGUGCUUGAAGACGGGCCAGGGGACGGUGAUGUCCCUGCUGGCAAGGUGCGGGCGGUGUCGCCCAAUGAGGACACUGUGUUGCUACGCAAGGCAGUUGCAUUGGUGUCCAAGAUGACCCUCUGCCAAGAGCUUGAGAUUCGCGAACUUCAAGCUGCAGUGUUUCGCUGCUUCCUUUUGAAGGAGCCCAACCCUAUCAUUGGUGCUAUGAAGACUUCUGUGGGGACUUUCUGGGAAAAAGCCAAGCAAGCUCGGGCAGCCGGGGGCAAUAACAGCCCUGUGGGCGAAGUUCAUGCACAUGCAUGUGCCGCUGUCACGGAAGUUGCCGCUGCACAGCCCAGCUUAGAGAGCCUCACAAAGAACGCAAUUGUGACCCACCAAGCUGCCAUGACACAUCCUGAUAUGGUCGCGGGGAUUGUUUACCUUGCCAAGCUCAAAAAAGCAUUCAACAAGGGUGAGUACAAGCUUUUACUUGGCCGUCCACCUGGGGCACCAAGACCUGUUGCAAGCUGUUGUUGCUGGCAUUCUGGCUACUGGUGCUGUGGAGAAACGCGGCACAGCGCCGCAAAGUGGAAUGGCGCGAGAGCUUCAAGGAUUGGUGGACCACUUGGCUGA